AUGGCCGAAGCAAUCGGCAGCGCCGGGAGUGGUCACCCGAGCCUGAACCUCACAGCUGAAGAAAAGACUACAUACAAGAAGCUAUUAGCAGAGGCAGAUCCCGAUGGCUUUGGUGUAGUGUCAGGAGAUGUGGCUGUCAAGUUCUUCGAGAAGACAGGCCUCACUCCCUCAGUCUUAGGAGAAAUAUGGCAAAUCGCAGACACGGACAACAAGGGCUUCCUCACCCCUUCCGGCUUUGGCGUGGUACUGCGGCUCAUUGGGCAUGCGCAGGCUGGCCGCACUCCUCUCACUGCGCAUCUUGCAACACAAGUCGCACCCUUGCCGCGCUUCGCUACAGUGGCAGGAGGACCUGUACCUCCCGCUCCUGUCGCUCCCUCCACGCCUGUGCAGCCACAGCAGACCGGCGCACCCCAAAGCCCUUCAGGUGGACCCAUUCGCGUGCCUCCAAUGAGUGCCGAUAAAGUUGGCGAGUACUCGGCCCUCUUCGAGAAGUCUGGCGCAGAAAACGGCUUGUUGUCUGGAAUGACGGCACGACGAAUCUUCGAAAGCGCGCGCCUGCCCAAUGAUGUCCUCGGCAGGAUAUGGGGACUGUCAGAUACUCAAGGAAGAGGCUCUCUGGACGCCACCGAGUUCGUGAUUGCCAUGCAUCUACUCGCAUCCUACAAGUCUGGGCAGAUGAGAGGCGUCCCGAACACGCUACCCCCUGGACUAUAUGAAGCAGCUCUUCGGCGACCGCCCCCACCUGGCCAACGCGGACCUGGCUCGCGUCCUGGUUCGAGCCAGCCUGCUCCAGGUAUGGCGCCACAAUUUUCAGGGUAUGGGCGCCCCCAAAGCCCUAUCUCGAGAGCCCAGAUCGGAACACCGCUCUCGCAGCAGUCAACAGGCGAGAACUGGCUCGUCAAUGCUCAGGAUAAAGCGCGGUUCGAUCAAAUCUUCGGGACUAUUGAUCGAAGCAAUUCCGGCUACAUCUCAGGAGAACAAGCUGUGGAGUUCUUUGGUAAUGCCAGAUUGCCGGAAGAGAUUCUCGCCCAAAUAUGGGACCUUGCGGAUAUCAACUCUGAAGGUCGUUUGGACAAGGACGAGUUUGCUGUGGCCAUGUAUCUCAUCCGGCAACAACGUGGCACCAAAGACGGCCGAGGCAGUUUGCCAAACACCUUACCUCCAGCCUUAGUGCCACCCAGCCGGCGCAAGCAAUAUAUCCCUCCUUCUCAACCAACAGCUCCAGCUUUUGAGAAUGCCGCUCCCACGAAGCCGAAAUCUGCCGCGGACGAUUUGUUCGGUCUGGAUGCCUUUGGACCGCCUCCUCCCAUCGCCCAGCAGCAAGUGGCUCAGUCUACGGGCGGCACAGACGCAGGUCCAUUUGCAAACCCACCAGUGGCUCCCGCCUCUCCCAUCACCUCGACGCAGUUCAAGCCUUUUAUGCCCACAAGCUCUUUUGGACAGUCGCUGCAACCACAAUCAACUGGCUCUCCCGUCCCAGGGCAGAAUCGCGCAAUCGCAUCGCCAUCUAACGAUGACCUGCUCGGAGAUGCCGACCCUGGCGAAACGUCCAAAAUCACAAAUGAGACAAGUGAGCUUGCGAACCUCUCCAACCAGGUUGGCAAUCUUUCAAAGCAGAUGACAGACCUGCAUACGCAGCGUGGGCAGACGGAGCAAGAGCUCAAUCAGACCAAUGCUCAGAAACGAGCUUUCGAAAGUCGUCUCGGCCAGCUACGCCAGCUCUAUGAGAAGGAGGUAAAGGAGGUUAAGGCCUUGAAAGACCAACUCACAACCGUCAAGAACGACAGCAAGCGUUUACAGCAAGACUACGCUGUAAUCGACGGAAGCCAUCAGGAUUUGUCCACUCAGCACCAGCAACUGCGCCAGCAAUUUGAGAACGACCAGCGUGAGAAUGCAGCGCUCAAGGAGAAGAUCCGUCAGAUGAAUGCUGAAGUCGAGCAGCUGAAGCCGCAACUGGAGAAGCUCAAGUCCGAUGCCCGGCAACAAAAAGGUCUGGUUGCCAUCAACAAGAAACAACUCGCAACUAAUGAGGCCGAAAGGGAUCGUAUAAACGCAGGAAUUGCAGCUGCACAAAAGGAGCACGAAGACAACAUUAGGGAGGCUGAAGAAUCAGCUCGGGCUAUCGAAACGUCAAAAAAGGAGAUUGAGCAGGCCAGGACUAGCGCCACAUCCUCCGUCAAGAGUCCUCCUGUCGCCAGUCCUCCGAAUAUGGCCAGUCCUGCACCUUCAACAAGCUCAAAUCCAUUCUUCAGAAAACAAACAUCGGAAACGGCAGCUCCCGCAGAGCCGACGCCGGCGCCCGCGCCACAUAGUCAGCCGAAUUUCGAUAGCAUAUUCGGUCCGUCCUUUGGCACUGGUUCAUCAUCUCCCACCCCGCCCACCUCUUUUGGGCACCAAGAAGUCCCAGCUCCGCACAGUACACCCCCGAUCGAGGUGUCACGCGCAUCAUCGGCGACACCUCAAGGGGUUGAGCCACCUGCACCUCCUUCGGCGCAGCAGAUGACCUCCGCGUCCUUGCCGUUCCCGCAUACGGUUUCCCGAGAAGAAUCUGUGAAUUCGUCGGUCAGAGUGGCGCCACCCAUCAGUAGACAGAGUCCUGAAGGUACCCCUCGUGCAUUUACGCCAAGCUCCUCAACUCAGAGUCCGGCCGAGCCUCAGCGGGCUGAUGACCCCUUCGCGCCGAGUGCUCAAGAUGAAGAGCAGGAAUCUGUAAAGCAAAGUAUUCCGACGGGUGAGAAAUCUGCCGAAGAGAUCUUCGGUAAGGAGAGCUCAACUGUUGGUGUGCCUGGGGCCUUCCCUGAUGGCGAGACUCCUCGUGCUGAGACGCCUGGUGUUGAGCCUACCGCCGUUGCUGUAGGGGCCGGCGCAGCUGCUGUGGCCGCCGGUGCAGGAAUUGCCGCUGCUGUUGCUCAUAGUGGCGAGGACAAGGGCAAAGCUCCCGAAAAGGACAAUGAUAACUUUGAUGAGUACUUCAAGGGAGUAGGUCAUCAAAGGACGCCGUCGGAACAGGCGACCGACUUUGACACUGCUUUUGCGAACAUGAAGAAGGAGCCAACUACCAAUGGCGCUCCAUCAAACCAAGAGUUCCCAGCCAUUCAGGAGCUCGAUGGCGAUGAUAGCAGCGACUCAAGCGAGGAGCCGUUAGGAUUCGACGAUGACUUCAGUGCGAAGCCAGCUACGAAGGCUCCUGACGUCGAGUCUGACAAACGCCCCGAAGUUGCUUCCGCCGUGCCUUCACACCUCGCUCCGCCUCGGCCAGAACUGACGCAUAGCUCUUCAGCGGCAAGCUCGCUGCCUGAUUUCUCUGCUCAGACACCUCCACCACCGGAUUACGCUGCUGGGGACAAUCCUACACACUUCCCUCGGGAAUACCAAGGCUUGCUGCCCGAGCGUGAAAAUCCGACGUCGCCGCCUGCUGGCGGCGAGACGAUCCAGCAGCCGCAUCCUGAAGCCGAGGCUUAUGGUCCUGAGAAGGGACAUGCCCAGAAUGCUGGCUCUCCACCAUCUCCUGUGGCCACCAAGGCCUCUCCUUUCGACUUCGAUUCAGCCUUUGCCAGCGUCGGCCCUGCACAGGUCGAGGAUGAAUCAUCCGACGAUGAUGAACUCGCUGGUGGCUCCAAGGCACAAGCACACGAGUUCGAUCCUACCUUCGACUCGCCGGCGCCAUCUCGCACAGGCACUGCUGCCUCGAAUGCGCCCACGUUCAAUGCCUCUGUUACAAAUGGCUCGCCGGCCCCGCCACCGAAGGAUGACUUCUUCGAUUUCAAGCCUGAUAAUGCUGCACCUCCAGCAGCAGCAUCCGGAUCAACGGCACCCCAGGCCUCACAUGACUGGGACGACAUCUUCAGUGGACUAUCGAAGGACGGGCCAAAUGUAACCCGUGGGUUCGAUGACGAGCCCAAUACGCCAACUGCCGCGGCCGAGCAGGUGACUGCCAUUUCGCCGACUGCUCUGGCUUCAACAAAGUCGAGAGAAGUUGGACCUGCUGAUUCGCCGUUCCCCGAGGCCACAGCAGCCUCGCCACCCAUUGUCAAAGAACCUCCGAAGCUUCCUACCCCGGAAGUCGAGCCUGAACGCCCAGCCCUGGGCCGAGCUAUCAGCACUACCUCGGAGCACGACGAUCCUAUCCUCAAGCGACUGACUGCUAUGGGCUGGAGCCGCAAUGAGUCUCUGGCUGCACUUGAGAAGUAUGACUACAAUAUUGACAAGGCCGCUGACUACCUCACCUUUCGUUCCUAG